AUGACCACUAAAUAUGUCACGUUCCCAGACCUACAGCCCUCUGAUCCACAGGGCUCUGAUUUGCUCGCCGCCGAACGAGCACAAGCUACAUUUCGACCAAACGAUUUGGCUGUCUUCACUCACGGAGCCGAGCGAAUAAAGAAAUAUGCUCGCGUUCAAAAUAUUAUUGAGACGAAUCCUGCGUUCGACAAAAGUACUCAUUAUUAUCUUGGACGAGAGGACUUAUAUAAGGCUUCCUUAAGAAAGGAAAAAGAAAUAGUUAAGCUUAUGAGAAAACAUGGUUGGGGACUAGACGAAUUUCAAAUGGCCGAAGAGUUUUUAGAUAUGCCUUCUCAAUUUAUGGCCCAUCGUGGAAUGUUUGUUCCUACUCUAAUGGCGCAGGCAACGGAUGAACAAAAGGAGGCGUUUCUCAAACCAGCUUUCCGAUAUCAAAUAAUAGGAUGCUAUGCACAGACCGAACUCGGUCAUGGGUCCAAUGUUCAGGGCUUGGAAACGACUGCUACUUAUAUUCCAGAGACGGACGAAUUCGAAAUCAACUCGCCUUAUCUGACAGCUGCUAAAUGGUGGGUUGGUGCGUUAGGUGUUACCGCUAACUAUGCUGUUGUAAUGGCUCGCUUGAUCAGCAAUGGCAAGGAUCACGGUCCGCAUCCGUUUGUCGUUCAACUUCGUGACUUGAAGACUCACAAACCGCUGCCAGGCCGCACUAUUGGAGAUAUCGGUCCCAAACUUGGAUAUAACUGUGUAGACAAUGGUUUCCUUCUAUUUAAUAAAGUUCGCAUUUCCAGAUUUAACAUGCUGGCGAAAUAUGCCCAAGUAGAGAAGGGUUCCGGAAGAUAUAUCAAACCUCCAAACGCCAGACUUUCGUAUGGUACGAUGGUAUUGAUGCGUGUUUAUUUCGUACUUGCAGCUCGACGUGCUCUCGCACGUGCUGCCACUAUUUCUGUUAGAUAUUCUGCUAUUCGAAGGCAGUUCGUUGAUUCGGAGAAUCCUAAAAAGUGGAACGAUGGGCGUAUUAUUGAAAGCCCAGUGAUAGACUAUGCUAUUCAACAAUUUAGACUGUUUCCCGUAAUUGCACAAGCUUCCACUACGCUCACGUCAGCAACCGACCCGACGGUCACGUAUCUCCAACAAUAUCUCAACAAUCCAAAAUGCACUUGUCCUGCUAAGUCACCAGAGGACUUUCGUAAACCUGAAAUCCAGCUCCAAGCCUUUGGUCAUCGGGCAGCGUACAUGAUAGCAGCAGCAGUCGACCAACUAGACAAUCAUGGUCGUACUUGGAAUUCUUUGCUAGUAGAUAUUGCAGCUAUUUCUCGCGCGCAUUGCCAAUAUUUGUUAGUAUGUAAUUUUGUCGAAGCAUUACAACCAAAAGUAAACAGUCGAGAUGAUAAACUUUUCAAGGAGAAGCCGGAAAUACGAUCUGUGUUGACGACUUUACGUGAUCUGUUCGCCCUCCAUACGAUGCAGAAAGAAUUGGGUGAAUUUCUUUCAUCUGAAUAUUUAUCUCCAACUCAAGCAGUGAUGGUAAAAGAUCAAGUGUUGGUAUUGCUUAAAGAGGUCAGACCUAAUGCUGUUGCAUUGGUAGAUUCAUUCCUAUUUUCAGAUUAUACGUUGCAGUCGGCACUUGGACGAUAUGAUGGCAAGGUGUAUGAGACUUUGUGUGAUUGGGCUUCAAGAGAACCGUUGAACAGUGUUACAGUAGAUGUCAAUACGGACAGUGACACAAUUUUCCGUGAAGAAAAGGUAACCUCCAAGUUAUAA